AUGAAAAUUGCUGGAAGCUUUCCAUUCAAUGCAUUUCUAUCAGCUUUUUUUUGUAGCAUUGGAACAGCAGUAUUAGCAGCGUGCUUGUGCUUGAGGAUGCAAUUAGAGAAUAAAAGCUCAGGGAAAACUGAAGAAAAAGUUUAUGUGGAGUAUAUGCUCUAUUGCCUUAUAUUAUAUUUGGUCUCAUUUUUAUUUAUUUAG